UGUUGUCGCGGGAAUUGACGGAAUUCCAUGGAGAAUCGGAUGCGGUGUGACGAACACGGCAGUUAUUACUACCGAAGGAAAGUUGUAUACGUGGGGGUGUGGCCAAGAUGGGCAGCUAGCCCAUGGGGUGGACGGCAGGUUGAACGCCUUAGUCCCGGCUCGUGCAGAGGGUCUUCCUGAUGAUAAGAAGGUUGUUGACAUAUCUCUGGGAGAGUCCCAUUCAGUAGCAGUACUUGAAGACGGCAGCGUAUGGGCAUGGGGGAAGAACAACCUCGGGCAGUGUGGCUGUGGAGUGCAUGCCAAAUCGAAUGAGAAUCUUUUCACAACUGGUAGAGAAUUACCGAAGCCGUACCCCCCGGGAGAAGUGAAAUUGCCGGCUGGAAAA